AUGACUGAUUUACCAAAGUCAAAUGACUUGACAGCUACUUGGGCUUUUGUUGAGCCAGGUUUGAAACUGAUUAUUGGUGGUUCAGAUGAAAAUUCAGGUGUUACACCACAGAUGUAUAUGAAUGUCUAUUCUGCAAUUUAUAACUAUUGUGUCAACAAAUCAAGAACUCCUCAGAACCUGUCCACUGCAACUUCAAGUCAAUCUUCUUUAUUAGUUGGUGCUGAAAUUUAUAUGAAAUUGAAAGAUUAUUUGAUAUCGUAUGUUAAAAUAUUGGAUAAAAAGCCAAAUGAAUCAUUUUUAGAGUUUUAUGUUAAACGUUGGACAAGAUUUACUGUUGGUGCUGGUUACUUGAACCAUGUUUUUGAUUACAUGAAUAGAUAUUGGGUUCAAAAAGAAAGAAGUGAUGGUAGAAGAGAUAUUUUUGAUGUUAAUACACUAUCUUUACUGACAUGGAGAGAUUUCCUGUUUGUACCAAAUGUUGAUACAUUAAUUACUGAAAUAUUGCAACAAAUUAGACUGCAAAGAGAAAACCAAGUUGUUGAUACAAGUAAUUUAUCAAUGGCUAUUAAAUCUUUUGUCUUAUUGGGAAUUGAUGUUCAAGAUCUGAAAAAGCCAAAUUUGGAUAUUUAUAUCGAAAAGUUCGAAACCCCAUUUUUAGAAGCUACCAGAUCAUUUUAUGCUGCUGAGUCUUCUGAAUAUUUAUUGUCUCAUAAUAUUGUUGAUUAUAUGAGAAAAGCUGAGCAAAGAAUCAAUGAAGAGGAGAGUCGAGAAACUAUGUAUUUGGAUGAACAUAGUAAAAAACCAUUAACUGAUGCCUUGAAUGAAACUUUGAUUGUUGACCAUUCUCAAACAAUGUAUGAAGAAUUCUCAAAUCUGUUGGAUCAAAACCAAAUUGAUUAUAUUGCUAAAAUGUUCAAUUUGUUCAAUAGAGUUCCUUCAACUUUAGAACCGCUGGCUAAAAUCUUUGCAGAUUAUAUUGAAACUCAAGGUUUGAAAUCCAUUGAUAAUUUAUUGAAUGAUGCUCAAAAUGAGGCUUCAAGGGAGAGUGAUCCGAAGAAAGCUGCAAGUAUUAAACAAGUUGAUCCAAAAUUAUACAUUAAAUCACUGAUUCAAGUUUAUCAAACUUUCCAAGCCAUUGUGCUUAGUGCUUUCCAAAGCAACCCAAUUUUCGUCAAAGCUUUAGAUAGCGCUUGUCGUAGCUAUAUCAAUAAUAAUGCAAUUGCUAAACCUGCCAAUUCCAAAUCAACUUCCAAAACUCCUGACUUGUUGGCCAAAUAUAGUGAUAAUUUAUUGAAGAAAAAUAAAGAUGCUGAUGCUACAUCUGAUAUGAGUGCUGAUGAUAUUAUGAUUGUUUUCAAAUUUAUCACAGAUAAAGAUGCAUUUGAGACUCAUUAUAGACGUUUAUUAGCUAGAAGAUUGAUUCAUGGUACUUCAUCAUCAGAAGAAGCUGAAGAAACAAUUAUUCAAAGGUUACAAGCUGAAAACUCUUUGGAAUAUACUUCAAAGAUGACUAAAAUGUUUCAAGAUGUUAGAGCUUCAAAUGAAUUGAAAAUAUUAUUCAAAGAAGAGGUUCAAAAAGAUUGGGAAAGCUCGAAAUCAAUUGUUCCAGAUUUUCAACCAUUUAUUUUAGCUGAGACUAUGUGGCCUUUCAAUUACACUAAGUCGAAUUUCCAAUUACCUUCAGAUUUAGUUCCAACUUAUACUAAACUGGAAGAAAUUUAUGCAAAUAAACAUUCUGGUAGAGUGUUGAAAUGGUUAUGGUCACUGGGACGUGGUGAAAUCAAGGCCAAUUUGUCAAAACCAGGUAAACCACCUUUUACAUUCUCAAUGUCAUUAUAUCAAAUGGCUAUUAUUUUACCAUUCAAUGAAAAUGAUACUUAUACUUUGGGUGAAUUGAUGGAAUUGACCGGAUUAGAUGAAAGUACCGUUGCAGGUUCAAUUUUACCAAUGGUUAAAUAUAAAGUUUUAUCACAAUCACCAGCUGGUCAAGAGCAUAUUAAAUCACCAUCAACUAAAUUUACAUGUGUCACUGAAUAUAAAUUCAAGAGAUUAAAAGUGAAUUUCUUUACUGGUGUUAAAUUAGAACAAAAACAAGAAGCUGAAGAUGCUGAAAAAGAGAUCAAUGAUGAUCGUAAGAUGUAUUUGCAAGCAUGUAUUGUUAGAAUCAUGAAGGCAAGAAAGACAUUGGGUCAUACAGCUUUGAUCAAUGAAGUUAUUCAGCAAUCACAUCAAAGAUUCAAUGCAAAGAUCUCAGACAUCAAGAAAUGUAUUGAUUUAUUGAUCGAAAGAGAAUAUUUACAAAGAGCAGACAACCAAUCUUAUGAAUAUUUAGCUUAG